UAUUGUAUAAUAUUAAUUCUCUCGUUGUAAAGACGUAUCUGUGGUAAGGUGUUAUAAAAGAGCAUAUAUACGGUCGAAUUGGUUAAUCUCCUAAUUUAUUUACUCAGUUAAAAAUAAAUAAUACUGACUAUGUUAAAAUCAUUUGUGAAAAAAAUUGUUGUGCGAAAAUGGAUUGGUUUUAGUAAAAUGAAGCAUGUCUGGUCGGUGAAUAAUAUAGUAUCAUCACCCUUCGAAGAUGUCAUAAUUCCUGAUCUAACUAUCCCUGAACAUGUCUGGAGUAAUAUGCAUAGAUGGUCGGAUAAGAUAGCUAUCGUUUGUGGAGUAACCGAGAGAAAAUAUACAUAUUUGCAAUUAUAUCGUAAUUCUCAAACAUUAGGGGCGAAUUUAAGGAGAAACUUUGGCAUUAAAAAUGGUGAUCUCAUAGCUGUUAUGUUGUCAAAUAUACCUGAAUAUCCUAUUAUAACUUUGGGAGUAUUAAGCGCAGGAGGAAUUGUAACUACUCUGAAUCCAAUUUAUACUUCAUAUGAAGUACAAAGGCAAUUGAUGAGUGCGCAUGUUAAGAUAAUAAUAACUUCGCCAGAGAAUGUAUCCACUAUAAAACAAGCAUUGGAUUUAAACAAAAUGAGUACACCCAUAAUUGUAGUCGAUUUCAAUAGUCCACGUCCCGAUGGAACUAUAUCGUUUAAAGAAAUUAUAAACGAUACUAUUGACACAAGUAUUUUAAAAGAAGUCAAAACUAAAUCUAGUGAUGUUUCAUUACUACUGUAUUCAAGUGGAACGACAGGACUACCGAAAGGUGUAGAAUUAACGCAUAGAAAUAUAGUUGCUAAUUCUGUACAACAGGAUCCAGCGGAACUCAGACAUUACGAUCUGACAACAGAAUCAAAUCAAGAUACAAUUUUGGCAUAUCUUCCCAAGUAUCACAGCUAUGGGAUGUCUGUAAUGAUGUUACACAAACUAGCGAAUGGCUUAAAGCUAGUAACUGUACCUAAAUUUCAACCUGAAACAUUUAUUAGGAUUUUGGAAAAUUAUAAGAUAAAUUUAAUAUAUCUUGUUCCGCCUACUGUUUUAUUUUUGGGGUCAAACCAGGAGGUGAAAUCGAAACAUUUUGAAUAUUUAAAAUACGUAGGUUCUGGUGCAGCGCCAUCGCCAAAAGCAGAUAUCGAGAGGUUGUUAGCGAAAUUCGGUCAUGGAGUACGUUUCAGUCAACUAUAUGGCUUAACGGAAGUCUCCCCAUUGGCUACAAUAUCCCCUGUUAACUGCAACAAAUUUUUGACUGUGGGUUUUCCUUUGCCUAACAUCCAAUUCAGGAUUGUUGACGACAAUGACAACAAUUUAGGGCCAGGACAGUUAGGAGAGUUGCUUAUCAAAGGACCAAACGUAAUGAAAGGUUAUAGGAAUAAUCCGGAAGCUAACAAACUUGUUCUCACAAAUGGCUGGUUUCGAACUGGAGACCGAGCGCAAUUCGAAGAAGAUGGAUCUCUUGUUAUUGCGGAUAGAUAUAAAGAACUAAUAAAGGUAAAUGCCUAUCAAGUAGCACCAGCAGAGUUAGAAAGCGUAAUAAAAGAUCAUCCUGGUGUGUUUGAUGUGGCUGUAGUCGGUAUACCUGACAGUAAAACGGGACAGAAACCCAAAGCUUUUGUUGUUCCUAACAAAAAUAGUCCAGCAAAUGAAGCAGAUAUUAUAGAGUUUGUUAAUAAGAAGGUCGCACCGUAUAAACACAUUAAGGAGGUCCAAUUCAUUGAGAGCAUACCAAAAAAUCCAUCUGGUAAAAUUUUAAGGAGGUUACUUGAAAAAUCAUUUGUGAAAAAAAUUGUUGUGCGAAAAUGGAUUGGUUUUAGUAAAAUGAAGCAUGUCUGGUCGGUGAAUAAUAUAGUAUCAUCACCCUUCGAAGAUGUCAUAAUUCCCGAUCUAACUAUCCCUGAACAUGUCUGGAGUAAUAUGCAUAGAUGGUCGGAUAAGAUAGCUAUCGUUUGUGGAGUAACCGAGAGAAAAUAUACAUAUUUGCAAUUAUAUCGUAAAUCUCAAACAUUAGGGGCGAAUUUAAGGAGAAACUUUGGCAUUAAAAAUGGUGAUCUCAUAGCUGUUAUGUUGUCAAAUAUACCUGAAUAUCCUAUUAUAACUUUGGGAGUAUUAAGCGCAGGAGGAAUUGUAACUACUCUGAAUCCAAUUUAUACUUCAUAUGAAGUACAAAGGCAAUUGAUGAGUGCGCAUGUUAAGAUAAUAAUAACUUCACCAGAGAAUGUAUCCACUAUAAAACAAGCAUUGGAUUUAAACAAAAUGAGUACACCCAUAAUUGUAGUCGAUUUCAAUAGCCCACGUCCCGAUGGAACUAUAUCGUUUAAAGAAAUUAUAAACGAUACUAUUGACACAAGUAUUUUAAAAGAAGUCAAAACUAAAUCUAGUGAUGUUUCAUUACUACUGUAUUCAAGUGGAACGACAGGACUACCGAAAGGUGUAGAAUUAACGCAUAGAAAUAUAGUUGCUAAUUCUGUACAACAGGAUCCAGCGGAACUCAGACAUUACGAUCUGACAACAGAAUCAAAUCAAGAUACAAUUUUGGCAUAUCUUCCCAUGUAUCACAGCUAUGGGAUGUCUGUAAUGAUGUUACACAAACUAGCGAAUGGCUUAAAGCUAGUAACUGUACCUAAAUUUCAACCUGAAACAUUUAUUAGGAUUUUGGAAAAUUAUAAGAUAAAUUUAAUAUAUCUUGUUCCGCCUACUGUUUUAUUUUUGGGGUCAAACCAGGAGGUGAAAUCGAAACAUUUUGAAUAUUUAAAAUACGUAGGUUCUGGUGCAGCGCCAUCGCCAAAAGCAGAUAUCGAGAGGUUGUUAGCGAAAUUCGGUCAUGGAGUACGUUUCAGUCAACUAUAUGGCUUAACGGAAGUCUCCCCAUUGGCUACAAUAUCUCCUGUUAACUGCAACAAAUUUUUGACUGUGGGUUUUCCUUUGCCUAACAUCCAAUUCAGGAUUGUUGACGACAAUGACAACAAUUUAGGGCCAGGACAGUUAGGAGAGUUGCUUAUCAAAGGACCAAACGUAAUGAAAGGUUAUAGGAAUAAUCCGGAAGCUAACAAACUUGUUCUCACAAAUGGCUGGUUUCGAACUGGAGACCGAGCGCAGUUCGAAGAAGAUGGAUCUCUUGUUAUUGCGGAUAGAUAUAAAGAACUAAUAAAGGUAAAUGCCUAUCAAGUAGCACCAGCAGAGUUAGAAAGCGUAAUAAAAGAUCAUCCUGGUGUGUUUGAUGUGGCUGUAGUCGGUAUACCUGACAGUAAAACGGGGCAGAAACCCAAAGCUUUUGUUGUUCCUAACAAAAAUAGUCCAGCAAAUGAAGCAGAUAUUAUAGAGUUUGUUAAUAAGAAGGUCGCACCGUAUAAACACAUUAAGGAGGUCCAAUUCAUUGAGAGCAUACCAAAAAAUCCUUCUGGUAAAAUGUUAAGAAGGUUACUGCUUGAAAAAUAAAUUAAAUAUAAUAAAGAUAACGUCAUAAUAUAUUAAUUUUAGUCUCUGAGAGUUCGUACGUUCGUAAGUUUAUACUUAUUUAUAUUUAUAAUUAUUACGUGUAUAUCUUAAACAUCAAAUAUAAUACCUAUUAAAACUUUUUAGUUGUUAAAAGUGUUUUGUAGUACAAUAUGUUUUUUUAAAUACAGUAGUUAUCAUAACUAACGAAGAGUUAAAGAUAUAUUUUAUCAGACCCUAUAGCAGUGUUGAUUGAAAUUUGGUUAUUAUCAAAGGUCAAGGAAUAUUUAAUAAAUUAUCAGAUAUUUAACUAAGGAAGUUCAUUUCUGUA